GAGUCUUUGUAUAUACCUGUGUUUGCACUGUAUUGAUUGACUUGGUGGAUAUAAAAAAUCUCCAGUCCAUCGUUUAUACUAACAAAUACCUCUUGGUAAAGCCGGUCCAAAUCAAACAUAACUCCAUGCCAUGAUAUGCUAGAAGUCAAUGCCGCGAUACAAGCUAGCUCAAACUCAAUUGUGAUUUAUCCCUUCUGAUCAGUUCGCCAAAAGAUGUCAGAACCUCGAUCCUUUACAGUACGGCCACUUUCAAAACAACCCAGAAGCGAUCACAAAGAUGCCUUCUGUAUUCAUCUCGCUUCGUCUUCUUUGGCAUCCCUGAGACUUCGUCCUGGAGAUCCUUGCAGUAUAACCUCCCCGGGUGAAGCAUCUAAAACAGCAAUAGCGUGGAGGGCAUCGGAGAACAUACAAACUACGGGUCUCCAAGCGUCAAGAACCCUCCAGGACUGCUAUGGAAUUAAGCCCGGAGAUAAGGUUUCAGUUAACAAACUUGAACAACCUCUGGAAGAGAUCGAAGCAAUCAGCUUGCUUGAAUGCUCAGACUCAGACAGGAUAGCUAAAUACGGCUCGCUUGCCCAUGCUGACAAAAACCAUUGGGCUUGGUCUCUAGAAUUUGUUCUCUCCAGAUGUGAACUGAUUACUGCCGGUCUUGUUUUUGAUUCGGAGCUUAAAGGCCAAAGAAGGAGCUUCAGGGUUGCAGACAUUCGGCCCCAGAAUCGCGACACGGAAACCACAUUAUUUCGCCUCACUGAAAACACUAAAAUCUUAGUGAACGAAGAUUUGCCCACGGCAGGGGAAGUAAGUGGAAGCCUCAGGAUUCAAGUGCAGCCAGUCGGUUUGGGUGGAAUGAAUCGCCAAGUUGCUAGUGUGAAUGAGAGUCUCGCAGACUUCAACCCUAGCCCACACGGACCGGAAAUGCCGCAAUUUUAUGAGCACAGCAAGGGUAUACUCUUGUAUGGCCCAAAAGGAACCGGUAAAUCUUCCCUGCUGUCCCGGAUUCAGGCGGCUGGAUGGAGAAAGGCAAUCACUAUAGGCUCUGCUACACUAGGCAGAGGUGCGGGUGAUGGCGAAGCACGAGUGCGCAAUUUCUUUCAAGAAGCCAUUCGCAACCAGCCCAGUGUCAUUAUAAUCGAUCAGCUGGAUAUCAUAGCCCCUAAACGAACUUCAUUAGAUUCACAGUCCCUAGGGUCGGUUUUUUGUGAAUGCCUGGAUCUCGUGAAAGGAGCCCUUGUUAUGGUUGUGGCCGCAACUCGUCAUCCAAAUGAAGUGGAUGAUGCUUUGAGAACGCCUCACCGUCUCGCAACUGAAAUUGAGUUGCAGGUCCCUACAGCACAUGACCGAUCUGAGAUCUUACGAGCGAUAUGUGGAGGGGCCUCGCCUGCGUUAAGUGACACUCUCAUAGACAUGAUGGCCGAGAAGACACACGGAUAUGUCGGUGCUGAUCUGUUUGCCCUGAUACAGCUUGUAUGUCGUAAAGCUAGGCAAAGACAAGUCUUCGAGGCCGAAACAGAGAAGUCGCUCUGUGACGAUAUAGCCGCAUUGGAGAUUUCCACGGGAAAUGAUCAAGAAGUGAAGGCUAUGCUCAAUAUCCAGGAAAUUGACAUUUUCUCGGCCCUGCAGGAGACUCGCCCAACUGCAAUGCGGGAGGUCUUCUUAGAAACGCCGAAAGUGAGGUGGUCGGACAUUGGUGGACAACACAGUGUCAAAAGGCAUCUCCAGAAAGCUGUGAUGAGACCUCUGAAGUACCCGGAGAGAAUGCGCCGACUUAAUGUGAACAGUAAAAAAGGGAUUCUCCUCUAUGGACCUCCAGGUUGUUCAAAGACAUUGAUGGUUAAAGCACUUGCUACUGAAGCAGGCCUCAACUUUCUGGCUGUCAAGGGUGCUGAGAUUCUCAGUAUGUAUGUUGGAGAGUCAGAACGCAGUGUGCGGGAGAUUUUCCGAAAAGCACGAUCUGCGAGGCCCAGUAUCAUAUUCUUCGAUGAAAUCGAUGCGAUAGCUUCAAAGAGAAGCAGCACCUCACAAGGGGGUGUCAAUGUGCUCACAACAUUAUUGAAUGAGAUGGAUGGCAUCGAAGAGCUAAGAAACGUCUUGGUUGUUGCGGCCACGAAUAAACCAGAUGUAAUUGACCCAGCUUUGAUGCGUCCAGGCCGCUUGGACAAUAUACUUUACAUUGGACCUCCUGAUUUUGAGGCCCGCAAGGAGAUUUUGAGCAUCUGGUCUUGUAAGUCCGUGAUCCACCCCGAGGUAGGACUGGACGAACUGGCUUCCAAAACCGAGGGUUACUCGGGAGCAGAGAUCGUGAGCAUAUGUGAAACAGCGGGUGAGGCUGCGUUGGAUGACGAGGAAGAGACUGGUCAAGAGCAAAGUGUCAGGUGGACACACUUCGAGUAUGCUCUUGGGCAGGUCAAAAGGCAGAUCACGGAUGAGGUGAUUCAGGAUUUUGAACAAUGGGGUGGAGUUUCUACCUAGGACUAAACACCCACAAACACCAUCAGGUAGUCGUUAUAUAUCGGCGAAGUGACGAAAUGGG